AUGGUGUCAAAGAACUUCUGUAAAGGGAAGUAUUAUGUAACUUUUAAACGUGGUUUUGAAGAUUUUCGGAAAGACGUCAUUAUAUCAAUUGACAAGUUAUUUGAAAAUGAUACUUUGAUACUAACAUUGUCAGACGACGAAGAUCCAAUGUUUUUAUUUCGGAUUUGCAUAACAAGAUGUGAUUAUGAUGAAUUAAAGAAACAACAGGGUCUUCUUAUAGAUUUCGACAAUUUUCCUUCUCAAAUUGUUAGAUUACUACAGCAAUGCGCAUCUAAUAACAUGUUUCUCAUUAUUCAUCAGUUAAACCCCAUAAAGUUCAACUUUGAUAUAGUUGAACACAAUGAAUUUAAGCGAUUAGUUCAUUUAUCUUUGAGCACAGGGCCAGCUACAGAUUCUGAAAUAAAACAACAUAUGUCUGAAACUAUAUCCAAUUUAAAGAAAAAUUUAGCAGCUGCAAAAAGUGCAGCAGCCAGCAAUGAAGAAGUUUUAAAUGAUAAACUGCUUAAAAUGGAAGGAAAAAUACAUGAGCUAACGAUUACCCUGUCCAAGAUGGAAGAAGAUAAAUUGAGAUGUGAGAAGGAAUUCUAUGAAUCCCUGAAAAUAGAAAAAGACAGAGCAGUUCAGGAAAAGAUGCAAUGGCAAAAAACAUCUGAGUUGAAUACUAAAGCGCUUUUAGCCACGUCUCAGGAAAAUUUAAAUAGGAAGGAUAAGCAAAUAGAUGAUUUAAAUUUGCUUUGUAAAAAACUUCAAGAUAACAUUAUGCAGUUAGAAAAUCAAUUAAGUGAGAGAAAUCAGCGUCUGAAUUUUAUAGAAAAUGAAAUACAAAAGACACAUAUUGAUGUUGCUACCUUCAAAGCAAAAAAUGUUACUUUAGAAAAAGAAAUUACUGAAAAAGAUAAUCAGAUAAGUCUAAUGCAGUCACAAUCUGUCUUUUUGGAAAAGGUUAAUAAGGAAAGUGUUGAAACAAUAAAACAAUUAAAUGAAGCGCUUCAAAUGACAAAAAAGGAUAAGGAUAAUUUAGAAAAGAGGUUAUCCUUAAGUGAAUCUCUGGCAAAUAAAAAUAAUGAAGCAGCCCAUUCAACAGCGGAGCAAUUGAUAAAAGCAAAUCAAAUUAUAUCCAAACAAAAUGGUGAUUUGAUUGAAAUAAAAGAGAAGCUUUUAUGUAGGACUGCCAUUGCUUUGGAGCAGGAAAAAGUUAUAGAAGGUAAUAUGAAAGAAAUACAAGACUUAAAAACUGAAAUUGAUACCACAAAGCAAAUUAUGAUAACCAUGAAAAAUGAGUUGGACAACUUGAAAGAAAAAUAUGAAACUAUGGAACAAACACUGAAAGACCGUGAGGAUACUAUUAAGAAUAAUAAUAUGGUUAUUCAAUGGCUACAUAAAAAAAUGGAAGAUAAGCUUCCCAGUGCUGAUAAGCAAAACUUUGGCAUUCAAUCCAGUAGCUCGACGCCGUAUUUUAUAUCAAAGCAUAAACAAGGAAAUAUAUUACAGGAAUCGGACGAUACUAUAAAUUUCUAUGGAACAUCAAAGACGUCAAGUUUAGAUGAAAGUCCCAAAGUUGAAAGUCCAAAAGAAUCUAGUAAAUACGGUUUAGAUCCAAAAUAUUUACAACCUGCAAUGGAAGAUAAUCUGUCAAAGAAGGCUAAAGAUCCUGUUACAUCAGGUGCAACCUCUUCAAGGAGUAAUAAAGGAAAGGAAAAUAAAAACGUCGACUUGCCAAAAGUGGAUUACAGGGAAAAAAAGUCAUCUACGGGACGAUAUAGAGCAACACCAGUUUCUGCUUAUUUUCCA